CAAAAAUUACACUUGUGUAAUUAAUAAUCUUUUCAGAAUUAAUAUUCUUUCUAGAGUUUGCAAAAAGGUUGCAAAAGAGUUUGUAUCAACUGACACACGUAAACACACUCUUCAACCAAAGAUGAUUAGGCUGCGUUCGGGAAUACACACCAAGUUCUUCCGAGUAUCAUUUUAUCCUUGUUUAGCAUUCAGUGAACAACAAAGAUAAAACGACAGUCCAAGGCACUCGGUGUGUACAGCUCUAUUUAAUCUACCUAACCUAACUGAUAACUAACCGGAAUUUCCCCCUUAAUGGCGGAGCCAUUCAGCAUUAGGUACAUACAUUGUCGCAACUCUCUUUAUACCAACUCUAUGUUUACAUAUCAGUACAGUUCCAGUAUGGAGAAGUGGCCGCCGCAACAACGCGCGUUCGUUUGCGAGCGUUUUUUCAUAACUCAGUCCUACGUUCAAGCAAUUCGCGAUUUUCGUAUUGAAUAUUCUCUUCGUCCACGAGAUCCGAUUCCCUCUCGUAAUUCUGUGAAUCUGUGGGUCAAAAACUUCCGACAAACAGCCACAGCCACGAAACAAAAGCCUCCAGGGCAACCAAGAACGGUAAGAACCCCUGAAAAUGAGACACGCGUUCGCACCUCUUUGCAACGAAGUCCACGCCGUUCUGCCGGUAAACAUGCUCAAGCUCUCGGAAUGUCUCGUCGAUCGUUUAGCAGAAUGUUGAAAGCGAUAAAUUUUCAUCCUUACAAAAUUCUCAUAACCCAGGAAUUGAAAUAUACCGACUAUGCAGCUCGAUUAAGAUUCGCAGAAAAAAUGAAGGAGUUGUUGGACAACGAAGAAAUUGACCAGUGGGGAAUAGUGGGGCCUUACUUCUUUCAAGGAACGAUCAACACGGAGCGCUAUCUGGAGAUGUUAAAAACGUUCUUAAUACCGGAGUUGAAGAAGAAACGCAAGUUUUAUCGCACCUUCUUCCAACAAGAUGACGCCACGUGCCAUACGGCGAAAAAGACGUUGGAUUUCCUACGCGAAGAAUUCGGCACCCGUUUGCUGUCUCGCAACACUGAGUUUCCAUGGCCACCACGUUCGCCCGAUCUCUCAGUGUGCGACUUCUUUUUAUGGGGCUAUUUGAAGCAACGUGUCUACGCUAACAAACCUCGAACCUUGGACCAGCUGAGAGCCAAUAUUCGGAGAGAAAUUGCAGAAAUAAAGCCAGCGAUGUUGAAAAAAGUGUAUGAUAAUUUCAAAAAACGCCUCGAAAAUUGUAUUGCUUGUAACGGCCAUCAUUUAGCCGAUAUAAUUUUUGGUAAAUAAACAAAAAAAACCUUCAA